UUUUUUAAUUACAAUCAUAAGCUCAUAAAUUGUGAUUCAUAUGGAGAUCAUGUUUUUCUGCUAACAUACAGAAUUAUGCUCUUUCUGUCUUCUGAGCAAAGUAAAAUGUCCAAGGACUUAAACAUCAUGUACUGAGAACAAGACAUACGUUUUAUGAUUUCACUAGAUUUGUGUUUAACUGUUUAUGUUCUUAAUCACUGACAAAUUGAAGCUUAUCUUCUAAAUGACGUAGAAACUGAUGACUACACAUGUUUCAGCAUCUUACUAUAAAUGUGUGUUCAACCUUGUAAUCGGGGCUCUUAGGUUUUUAAACUUCUAGCACCAUGGGGGUGAGAGCCUAUUCUGCAGAAUAUAUAAAAUUCAGACAAAGAAAAUUCUGUCGAUAGUGUGUCUGUGAGAUCCUUGACUUUGACUCUUAGUGAGUAUUAUUUGAUGCGGCUAAAAUUCCACGACAAUAAUGGCGACGAGGAUGCGGAUUCCACAGCUGAAGACUUCAGAAGGUUUGGGAGAGACUGACUGAUCACCCCUGAGACGAGAGGUCUCGGGCUCCGUACCCCAGGCCUAAGGGAAGGGAGAGUCUCAACCAUUUCUGAAGUCAAAGCUGACAAAAUCUGGAAAAGAACCGUUGUGGUGGCAUCUGAAUAGAUAAUACGGUAAGCGUUAUUUCGUUCGUGACCAUGGGUCAGGGUAAUUCGAAAGGGAGUACAAAGUCAAUGGAUCUGGAAAAUGGCGUGUAUGCUCGAGUGAUCAAAUCAAAGGGCACGGGGGCUUUGGAAAGCGUAAAAUCUGGGAGAAAAGGUAUGAUUUUCCUCCUAAAGGAACACUGAGUGUAAAAGCACUCAUUUUAUUAAGGGAAAAAUCAUUGCGGAUGGCAGAGAAAUGAGAGCACAGAGUAAGAUAAAGACCAAGGACGAACUGACUCAGACUAAGUCAGAGCUAAACAUUAAGCAAAUGUUUUCCUACAUCAGAUUCAUUACAUGAUGAACCUAACUUUCUGUUUUUUCCUCCUCCCUAUGCACCUGCACGUACCCCACCUGGGGAACAUUUCCAAUACACAAGGGUACCGCUUCUGGACGAUGACCUCCAACCCCCUCCACAACGUCGCCCUCCACCCCCACCUGCUCAACAAAUCGCACAGAUACAACGACCAGCUCAACAAGCCGCACAGAUACAAAAGCCAGCACGACAAGCACUACCUGAUUGCACCCCCGCCACCGCCGAUGCAAGAACUGCCACGUGGACCAGAAUCAGAACAAAGAUGAUGUUCAGAUAAAGAAGGAACGGGAGGCAAGGCCUAAGGAAACAGCAGAGAAGCCGUUCACCAGACAAACAGCUAAAUCCAGCAUUCAAGCACCCAUGAUUCAAGUCGCAGGGCCGGAAGGUCAACCGAUGCUGGUGUACAGGCCCUAUGGAUGGCAGGAAAUACAGGAGAUGGGAGGACACUUUUCCCCUGUUGAGGUAGGAGGAACAGUAAUGGCCGAAGAAUUAAUUCAGUUUUGUCGAACUUAUUCACCCAGAAUCCAGGAAGUGAAAAAGAUCCUGGAAAAGAGACACGGUUUCCGGCUGGGAACGAAAAUGACGGAGAAAUGGCCUGAUGACAGCGCACCCACACACCCUGACUGGAACCACGACCACAACCUGCCUUAUCGAAAUGCUGUGGAACAAAUCGCAAAGGCCCUCAAGGACAUUUACCCGGUAACAGUAAACACUCAGAGACUGACUCAAACUAAGCAAAAGCCUGAUGAACCGGUUGAAGAAUAUCUGAAUCGUUUAACUACCGUAUUUGAACAAUGCUCAGGAAUAUUGAAACCAGAGGGAGUAAACAUCAACACGGGAGACGUAACAUCAUGGGAAUCUUAUCUCAAGCAGAUGUUCCUGGGAGGACUUCAACCUGACAUUUCAGCAAAGGUAAAACAAACCUGCAUUGGGUGGGAGUCGGGAAAACUGGGCGAGGUUGUCACACAUUCUCUGCACGCUGAACGCCUGCUGGAUGAAGACAAACGAAAAAAGCAGAGAAAGGCGGACCAACAGUUAUCUUCAGCUUUUGCCAAGAUAGGAGAAUGGACACAGCCACAACACAACCAGCGCAAUUUCUCUUCGCAAGGACAACGUUUCCGAGACAACGGACAGCAGAAAGAAAGGGAGAAGAGGAGAGGAAAACAGUGGCCGGAAGACCCAAAAGAAAGAGUUUGCUGGUAUUGCGGGAAGAAAGGACAUUUGAAAUCCCAAUGUUUCCAUUUCUUGAAAACUCAAGGGACAGAGGAACUCCAAGCGGGCGCGGGAAACUUGCCGGCGUGUAAAGAAAGGGGCGACUGAAGCCAGGAGGGGGAAGGGGAGCAUCGUACGGAGGCGGGUUAAAGCAGCACUAACACGCCCCGCAGAGGGACCUUUGCACAACAUCAAACCAGGAGAUUUUGUGUUGGUGAAAAACCUGAGGAGGAAAUCCUGGAAGGCGAGACGGUGGGAGGGGCCAUUUCAGGUUCUGCUGACGACUCACACCGCCGUGAAGGUCGCGGAGCGUUCCACCUGGGUGCACGUUGCCCAUUGCCGGAGGGUUGGUCCUGGACUGCAAGGUGUAAACCAAAGGGAGGACGGCUAGUCGACUGCUACGGACCACUUUUUCGUAUUGGUGGGAACCACAGAUACCUGUAUACUGCAAGUUUAUACGAAGAACGACACGAGAGAACUGCAACAGCUCACAAGGUAUUGGAGGACGACUCCAGUAUUCUGGGUUUGGUUUGGACACACGCACACGACAUCUUUAAUGUGGGUAAUCGACACGACGCUUGCAGCUUAAUAACUGUAAUUACAACACCAGCUUUGAGACCCCACAUUAAUUUAGACACUAAGAUAAUUUCAUUCGAACAAGAAAGCAGGAUAGCUUGGCACGACUGCACCGUGUGGUCCUACCAAACCUGAACCUACAAAGAAAAUUAAUCAACAAGGGCUCACAACCCCAACUCUAACUGUGCUCAGGGCUCACGACCCCAACUCUAACUGUGCUCAGGGCUCACGACCCCAACUCUAACUGUGCUCAAUCCGGAAUCAUCAAGGGCUCACGACCCCAACUCUAACUGUGCUCAAUUUCUUCAAGAAAACAAACUAUUUUUCUUCUUUCAAAAAUGAGGUUCAUGAUCAUACUAUGUGUGUGUGCAUUUUUGCUUUUGCAACUGCACAGAACUAUAUGUACACUAUGGUUAAGGGUAAUAACCAGAGCUACGUAACGAUGACAGUAAAUGAAGUUAUGAAUAAAUCAUAAAAAGGGAGGAGUGUAGUGGAGGACUUUUAUUAUGCUUUUAUUUUCAUAUUAUUAUGUUUUAUUUUUCAUUUUUUAAUUACAAUCAUAAGCUCAUAAAUUGUGAUUCAUAUGGAGAUCAUGUUUUUCUGCUAACAUACAGAAUUAUGCUCUUUCUGUCUUCUGAGCAAAGUAAAAUGUCCAAGGACUUAAACAUCAUGUACUGAGAACAAGACAUACGUUUUAUGAUUUCACUAGAUUUGUGUUUAACUGUUUAUGUUCUUAAUCACUGACAAAUUGAAGCUUAUCUUCUAAAUGACGUAGAAACUGAUGACUACACAUGUUUCAGCAUCUUACUAUAAAUGUGUGUUCAACCUUGUAAUCGGGGCUCUUAGGUUUUUAAACUUCUAGCACCAUGGGGGUGAGAGCCUAUUCUGCAGAAUAUAUAAAAUUCAGACAAAGAAAAUUCUGUC